AUGAUUACGGCCGCAGGUGCCGGUGCUUCCUUCGUCGCCGUUCCUUCAAAGAGACUGAAGCCAAAAACUCCCAGAUCGCCUCGAAACACCACAGUGAGUUCUGCCCCAGGUUCUCGAUCCAAUAGCCAGCAAUCUCGAAUACGAUCUCCAUCGUCUCCUCCACAUCCACAAGAAGCAGCAGCCCCUAGCACCCUCGGCACAACUCCCAGUUUCCAGUCUUUCCUGUUCUCCUCCAGAAGCUCUCAGUCACCCUCUUCCGAGCCUGCCGUACCAAUCCCCCACCAUCAUCUACCUAUCUACGAAGAAUCCGACAACUCAAGGAGCUUCUUGGAAGAGGAUUUCUUUGGACUGCACCCGCUUGCGGCGCAAACAAUCGAGGAUCAGGAUCACGAACCCCCCUCACCAAAGUCAUUUUACAGCGCGGACACUACUAGCACAACAAGCACAACAAGCACCACCAAAGCCGGAGGUCGAUCUUCCGAAGAUUCCACAGUGUUUAUCACACACCUUCAGCAUCCACCUCCCCGCAAGACUGCCCGAAAACUACAGCGGCCGAGACCGAGCAGUCCCCCGUCAGCUUCCUCGCAGACCAGUCUCUCGUUUAUAUCUCCCGGUACCUCUCCGACCGGGUUAGGAAUCAGCCCCUUCGCAAAUUACACAGGCGGUCAUCUAUCUGGUCAUUCCAUAACUGGCUCACAAUCGCAAUAUGGUGAGAAUUAUACAGGUCUAAAAGAUUUUGAAAAUAUGUCAUCAAACAAUUCCACACGCGACAUCUGUAUCGCCGUUGUAGGGGCACGGGGCGUAGGAAAAAGUACCUUCAUUCAAAAAGCCUAUGACCUGAAAUCUCCAUCUACCAAGGAUAUGGUAUCUUGCAAGUUUAUGACCGUUGAGCGGUCGCAGUGUAAUGUCAUACUGGUCGAGCUAGAUUGGGCGAAACUCGAUUUCGGGUCUCAGCCGUUGAUGGCGGCAGAUGGCCAGAGACUACCAUUCGUUGACGGCGUACUUAUUCUAUACGACGUGACCAACCAGGAAAGUAUUUCAAAACUGUCCGAAUCUCUCGAUGCUCUCGCAAGGGCUCUUCUCCCGGCCCUGGUGGUCUCGUGCAAAUGCGACGCACCGCAGCGCCAGCUUAACCCCAGCAAUAUCGAGAAUUUGGGAGCAGUUGGCGGAUAUGAGACAAUGCAAACUUCGAUUGCUUCACCUGAUUCCCAAAAGAAAUGCUUGAAUGUAAUCUUGAACAUGAUCGUCAAGAAAAAUGAGAAGAGUGCGCGACAUUUGAAUGGUCGGCGACGUGCGAAUUCGUCUGCGACGAACAAUAGUCGAACGACAUCUCCGAGGCCAUCAACCGGUCGGAGCGGACAUAGUCGCGCAAGCUCCGAAUUCUCGACAACAUACCUAAAGGACGGCUCAGAGAGCUCAUCACAUGGACAUUCAAGAUUGACGAGGUCGCCAAUCAACCCUGCGCUGGGAACGCUAGCACUCAAUAGUUCAACUUCUUUAUCUAGCGGGCAGCUUUUUGAUACAAGACCUCAGAGGGUUUCCGGUGGGGCGACGCCACAAAUAACACUUUCUUCAACUGGAGCGCCAUAUCUGGAGGUUGUAUCGGAUAGUCCGUUCAGCAUGACACAACAGAAUCUUGGAACGCAAAGUCUGCGUUCCAACUCUAUGUCUUAUCAAGAUUCAGAUCGGGCUCGAGGUUCAUCAUUCCUAGAUAUGGACGACGAAGAUACGGUCAAGGAUCCGGAUGAUAUACCGCUACUUGAUCGUGAAAGUGGGGUGGAUGAGUUUGAUGAUGGGGACAAACCGGCACAGAGCAGGGGUUACACAUGGGACGAGCUGGUUGAUAGGUUACUCCGGCAAACAAUGUCUCGGGGCGAUCAGGACUUCGCAAAGAUCUUUUUGUGCUUUUUUCGAAAAUUCGCACCUCCGCGAGACCUUCUCAAUUCGAUAUUGGACCGAUUUGAUCAGGCUAAUUCCGAUCCGAUAGCUUUGCAUCGGAUUUCGGCCCAGCUGCGGUACUGCACCAUUUUAUGUCAAUGGGUCACGUCGCACCCGGGAGAUUUUGCACACCCAAAAACACGGCAGAGGUUGAUGAGUUUCUUGAAUGUGAUUAUGGGGAACAGGGGCUUGGCGUUGUUGGCAACUGAGAUGAGGAAGACGCUAGCGCAAGGACAUGAGGAUGAUGAUAGUAUAUGGGCGAUUUCAGACUCUGACACCGAGAGGCGAGAUAGUCUGAGGAGUUUCUUGACAACCCAUUCAGUAUCACAAGAUAGUGUAACAACCACAGACGGGUACAGCGGUAUCCGCGCUGCCUCAGAUGGAGCGCUCAAUGUCCCUACAGAAGCAGACUUCAACAGAAGAAGAGCAUCCGAAGUUCCCACAAUGUCGACAGUCAACACAGCCUCGUCACAAUCGUUGCUGCGGGGAGAAGGGUUUAUCUCAUCGAUGACACCUUGGAACUCACAAUAUGAUUUAUUCAUGGGAAUACCGGACGAAGAUAUCGCAUAUGAAUUGACAAGGAUGGACUGGCAGGAGUUCUCAAAAAUCAAGCCAAGAGACCUAGUGCGUCAUGUCAGCAUCCCAGCAGAUCAGAAAGACAAGUAUCCGAGCUUGAGACAUGUCAAUCAGUUGAUCAGCCACUUCAACCACGUUGCGUACUGGGUGGCUAGUGUAAUACUCGAAAAGCCAAAACCGAAACACAGGGCAAAAGCUCUGGAGAAAUUCAUGUCCGUCGCUUGGUCACUUAGGCACAUGAAUAACUACAAUGCUCUUGGGGCUGUUAUAGCUGGCAUAAAUGGCACUGCGGUUCAUCGGCUAAGUAUCACGAGGGAUCUCGUGAACCAGCAGGCGGGUAGGAAUUUCAUGAGGCUGGAGCUAUUGAUGGGGACGCAUAUGAGCCAUGCUAAAUAUCGACUGGCAUGGGAAAACACUUCAACACAGCGGGUUCCAUUCCUUCCGCUGCAUAGAAGAGACUUGGUAUCUGCAGAGGAGGGAAAUAGAACAUUUCUCCAGGAUGGGGAAAAGAUAAACUGGAAUAAGUUCCAGGUCAUGGGAGACGUCUUGAUGAUCAUUGAUAAGAGCCAAGCAACUCCUUAUCAUGACUUAGUCAGGAACCAGUUGGUGGAGAAACUGAUUAGGGAUGCUGUGUCGAGUAUGAAUGAUGAUGGGCUUUAUGAAAGGAGUCUCCAGCUCGAGAAUAAAGGAGCCAAGGAGAAAAUUAGGGGAAGAUUUUGGCCGUGA